GUGUAUGUAUGUGUGUUUGUGACGCUGCGUGGGGGUGUCCGCCUGAUGUCAUUAAGCAGGAGGGGAGGUUGAGCUAGCGGUGGGCAUACGGGUGGAAAGCAUAACAAUAACGUCCAGGCUAGGACUCACAGCGUUGCUUUUGGAUUGAAAUACGCAGUGUUUUAAACUCCGGGCUUCCCAUCACUGUGGUCCGGAGCAGGAGAACACAGGAGUCGGGUAGAGGCUGGCAGGCUAACGGACCGAAAGCACCAGAUGCUAUUCCAGCGGAGAAGGAGAACGGGGUCCCAGCAGCAGCAGAGGGUGAUGGGUUCUCGUUUCCCUGACGGGUAACAACAAACCUGAGCUAAAGACAGAAAUAAACGCGGAUAUUGCCAAGUGAGGGGAGCUUUCUUCUGUUCUCCGGCACCUCCGUUUGUGUGACAUUGUUCCUGAAAUGCUAGCGCAGUUGCGGUCUCGGCCGUCGAGCAGCCUCUGGGCCGCAGCUCGGCACACCGAGCCCGAAUCUGGGAAAUAGCUAGCUAGCUGUCUGCUAGCCGCAGCUGUACCCCGAUGCCGCUGCUGCUGCGGCUGCAGCUGUUAAAACGGAUCCAAAAAACAACUCAAGCUGUUUGGGGGCUCGGUGCUGAUUAAAUUAUCGUUUUGCAUUAGCGAGCUACAGCAAGCACUUGAGAUGUGAUGCUUUUGUGCCUCGUAUUUGAGCCUUUUGUAGCUGGAGGCUUUCGCUUGGCUGACGCGAAGGAGCUAAUGUUGCUGCAAAAUGCACAGCAGAACCACAACAGCAGGCUCCUGUUGAAGGGGGCGAGGUUGGACUGAUAACGGCCACGGUGUCUCUCAGCACCCCCGGAGUCACAUUUUGGACAUUUUCCCACGUCAUUCACAGCUUUCUCGGCUGGCGACAUGGAUAAACUAACGAUCAUUUCAGGGUGUCUGUUUCUGGCAGCAGAUAUCUUUGCAAUAGCCAGCAUUGCAAACCCGGACUGGAUCAACACCGGUGAAUCAGCAGGAGCCCUCACGGUCGGACUGGUCCGGCAAUGUCAAACGAUCCACGGACGAGACCGGACUUGCAUCCCACCAAGGCUGCCCCCAGAGUGGGUCACCACACUGUUCUUCAUCAUCAUGGGCAUCAUCUCCCUCACAGUCACCUGUGGACUGCUGGUGGCAUCACACUGGCGCAGAGAAGCCACCAAAUAUGCCCGCUGGAUCGCCUUCACUGGCAUGAUCCUGUUCUGCAUGGCGGCGCUCAUCUUCCCAAUAGGCUUCUAUAUCAACGAGGUGGGAGGCCAGCCGUACAAGCUUCCCAACAACACGGUGGUCGGCUCCUCAUACGUGCUGUUCGUCCUCUCCAUCUUCUUCACCAUAGUGGGACUGCUGUUUGCAGGCAAAGUUUGCCUCCCGGGCUGAGGAUUCCAACGCUGUCGCCUCUGGACUGACACGAGAGGCUCUGAAAAUGUCAUGGGAUUUAAAAAAACAAACAAACACACAUGCAAAAAUGACUGAAAAUCAAAAACGACUAACUCUGGCCAGAAGCCUGAAACGGGGGAAGUUUCUGCUUAUGUGGCGAGGGACCGCAGCACCGUGGAGUACCCAGCGACUAAAAAGACGAAUAAAUGAACAAAACACUUAAAGGGGACAUGGACGCAAAAGGUUGGGGGAGUGCGAGGGCAGCCGAGGCUGCUGCAGCACCCUGCCACUGUUGAUUUAAAAGAAGAAAAAAAAAAGAAAAAUGGUGUCUCUCUGUUGUUGUUCUGUUGGAAAGGGUGCUCAAUGUGCUGCUGUCAUGGCAACCGCGACCACAACGCUGGCGCACAUUUCUUGAGGACCACUAAAGUCACUCCUCGACAUGAUUUCCAGCCACCCGCCCCACCUCGCCGCUCUCAGCAUCAUCUGCGCCGUCACGACCGCUCCUGUUGCUGUUUUUGGCUUCUCUUAGCUAUUUUUAGUUUUGUGUUUUUUCU